AUGCCAAGACAGACUUCGGAUGACCAGCUCAUAUGUCAGCCUUUGAUUGGCUUAGAGUCCAUUGUGGUCCGCAGCUACGGCGUCUUGGCGGCUGAUAGUAUUACUGGUAUUACCAAUAUUACCAAUAUUACCAAUAUUACCAACAAUCCCCCAAAGCCGGUCUAUAUGCUGAAACGCUCUUUACAAGGGCCAUAA